UGCGUUUUCAAGUACCCAUAUCUACUACCAUUCAUUUUUCUAGUUGAUACAUUAUCGAGUCAACAACCAGUCCUGUAAUAUGAACAUGGCUCACGAGCGUUCUCUCCGCGUGCUCAUGCUCAUCGGUGCCGCUGUUGCGACUCCGUUCCUCAUUCCUACCACUAUCAUCUCCCUGAAUUCGGAAAGCAGAUACUACUAUGAUCAUCGCACAGUAACGACUUUCUGCUUCGCAUACUUUCCUCUCGCACUGACGGCUCUGGCAUCUACACUAAGUCUCCUGCACUACCGGAAGUAUGGGCGUUCACCUGGGCAUCGAUUUGCUCACUUCGACGCUUUUGCAAGUGCCCUGUACCUUGGUGUACUUGGGCCUAUAUGGGGCAUUGAAGUGGACCGUAUAAGCGACGGAGGAUAUGGUUUGUUGGUGGGCUAUCUAACAGCCCCUAUGAUUCUCAACAUGAUCAUUCAUUUCUACUGCUUCGUCUACAACGCACGAUCAGCAUGGGUGGCGUUCUCAAAUAGGAAAACGCACGAGUGCCCGAACUGUCACCAGAACUUCGUCUCUGGCCCCCCUCAGGUCCGACAGACAGCCCAAGACCCUUCGGAAUAUAGCUUGUUGCGUGGAGAGACCUAUCUUGAUGAGAAUGCUGUUCCCUACAGUAAUGCGAGGUCGUCAGACGAUCAGAUUCGCCCGGAGAGUGACGAAAAGGGAGAGAGCAAGGGCAAGGCAGCCCUCGACGUCUAGAUGGUGACAUAGCCUGACAGGGGUGGGGAGCACCCUUCCCCAAUCAUUCACGGGAAACGAGGGGUCUGAGAGUGGUGGCAAUAUGUAGCAUGUUAGCAGGCGAUGGGAAGAUUGUAUCAAGAAUGCAUAAGGACGGAAUUCGGGAUCAUAUGUGUUUAUGGGAUUGUUGGGCUAUUCGGGAAGCGUCUGUUGGAGGUAUGAUAUUCAAGCAAGAUCGACAAUUGUAGGACGAUGCUGGGCCAGGCCCUUCUUUUGUAUCACUUUAUAGCAUCAAGUCUAUCA